GACAAAUGACAGGCUGGGCUGGACAGAUGUCAUUCCACUUUUUUCUAUGGUUUCUUUUUCAUUAAAGUGUCAAUAAUGGCGGUCGGUAAAAAUAAGGGCUUAUCGAAAGGUGGCAAAAAGGGAGUUAAAAAGAAGGUAGUUGAUCCAUUUACCCGCAAAGAUUGGUACGAUGUGAAAGCACCUUCUAUGUUUGCUACGAGGCAAGUAGGUAAAACACUAGUAAACCGGACACAGGGUACCAGAAUCGCAUCAGAAGGUCUUAAAGGUCGUGUAUUCGAAGUAAGUUUAGCCGAUUUACAAAAUGACAACGAUGCAGAAAGGUCUUUCAGGAAAUUCCGUCUUAUUGCAGAGGACGUUCAAGGACGCUAUGUCUUGACAAACUUCCAUGGAAUGGAUUUGACCACUGACAAACUUCGAUCGAUGGUAAAGAAAUGGCAAUCGCUUAUUGAAGCUUCAGCUGAUGUUAAAACAUCCGAUGGCUAUCUUUUGAGGGUGUUUUGCAUUGGUUUUACGCAAAAGGAUCAAAUGAGUCAAAGAAAGACGUGCUAUGCCCAACAUACACAAAUUAAAGCAAUUCGUAAAAAGAUGGUCGAUAUCAUUACACGUGACGUACAGGGUAGCGACCUUAAGGAAGUGGUUAAUAAAUUGUUGCCGGACAGCAUGGCUAAAGACAUCGAAAAGGCGUGUCAAGGCAUUUAUCCAUUGCAUGAUGUUUUUGUCAGGAAAGUCAAGGUAUUGAAGAAGCCGCGUUAUGAACUAUCCAAAUUGUUGGAGCUCCAUGGCGACGCGAAGGGAACAGAGGGUGCAACAGGAGAUGCGGGUUCGAGGGUGGACCGGCCAGAGGGAUACGAGCCUCCUGUACAAGAAUCUGUUUAGAAUGGUUCUGUUAUGUUAAGAUGAAAACAAAAAAGUGUAAAUACACGGGUGUAUUUAUGUA